AUGUCACACCUCCCCCUUGGCUCCCUCCCCUCCUCCCCUGCUCCCUUCUCCCAACAGUUGCACGCGCCUCAAAUUCUCGGCUUCAAGUUCAGUCACUACCACAGCCUCACCGCCACCGCUGCUGCUGCCGCUGCUGCUGCUGCCGUGGGAAGCAAAGGGGGGAAGGAGGGCGGAGGGAACAGCAAGGGGGUUGCAGGGGGAGAGAAAGGAAGUGCAGGGAAAGCGGGGGCAGGGGGAGCAGGUGGUGACGGUGAAGCGGGGGAGAAGGGGGAGGGUGGGAGCGGGGCGGAGGGGCGCAUACCGGACAGCCUGUUUGUGCUGGCGGCCAACUGCCUCAAGAGCAACGUGGUGCAGCUCGCUGCACUGUAUCCGUUCCUGGACCCCCCAGACGAGGAGGCAGAGGCACGCAGCAAGGAGAUCAACGCACAGAGAAUAGCGGAUGUGAGUUGA